GGUGGCUAUGUGGUUCGUCUGUUUCAUAAAGAACUGGAAGCUUACCUGGUUGCAGAAGGUCUCUUUGAUGAUGCUGUCAUAGAAGAUGUUCAUUUCAGAAUCCGAGCCAUCGACCAACACCGUCCGAAAUCUUUGUCUCCUUCCACGUCAGGUCUAAUCUACUGGCAGGUGGAGGCGGAGCAUAGCAUACUUGAUGGAGAUGUUUUGAGAUGGGAGCAGCAAGUCCGACUGCGCCAUAUGUUGACCAGGCAGUAUUUGUGUAUUGACUCCAAGAUGGAGGUAUCACUGACCCCAGAUGCAUCCGACCCUAGGACUGUAUUCCGAUUACAUUCUGUACUUAAGGAGCGAGAUGAGAUUCAGCUGGAAAGUUACGCCCGGAUUGAACACGUCCUCACUAACUGUUGGCUUCAUGCACACAAGGAUGAAGAUUAUGAAAAGAGGCAGUACCAUGAAUGUGACACAGAAAGAACCAUGCAAGGUCUCAAGUGGGACGGGGCACCUCUCAGAAAGAUUUCUGCAAGUACGGAGAGCAUGUACGACGAUGCUUACACCAUUCAGAUGGUGGCUUACGCUGACUACCUCGACUUCAACUUUGUGGCUGGCAUGCUACCAUUUCUUUUCAACCUUAUUCAAGAUCAACAGAGUGACACCCCAUUGACAACGCGGAGGACCCAUGAAGUGAUCACAACACUGCAUGAGAUUAAAGAAUUUAUUGUGCCUGGUGGGAUCCCGGACAAGAACAGACAGAAGUUGCUUAGAAACUUCCGGGUGAUUGACCUGCUGGUGAAGCUGCUCCAGUGUUCUCUGAGGGAUGGAGAUGAGCAGCUGCACAUGAUCCGCAUCUUCAAGGAAACCUACGACGUCCUGCACGCGUACAUGCUGGGCCGCAGCCGCAAAAAUGCUCUCUACAUCGCUAAAUACAUCGACUUCUUCCAGACACAGUUUACGCAGAAGGGAGGAAUCGGGCUCAAUGUUGCACAGAUGAUAGUUGAGCUGAUCAGGGACAAGAGAAAGAUUGUUGACCGCAUCACCCAGCACCACAUUGAGUACUUUAUACAACUGUUGAGAAGCAAUCCGAACUACCAUUUUCUGGAUCUGUUGCAAGUUUUGUGUGUUUGUGAUCAGGUGGCCAUUCCCAACAACCAGAGCUUCAUUGUCCAGCAGUGGCUGCGAACAUACAAGGACAACAUUUACCUGUUGGACAGAGGUCAGAACAUCAACAAGAGACCCAACAUCGUCUACAUCAAACUCAGCAAGGACAGCGGAGACUGGAUGGCACUACACCAGUUUGUUGAUGUGGAGUCUGACCUGUAUGACCCAGAAAUGAACCAGUUUCUGAUCCAUCAGCUGGACCUUAUCAAAGCUUUAUGUUUCGGCCGCAAUGAUUUUGCCAUUCACACAAUCACCCGAGAGUUUGGCUACAUUACCUGGGAGGAUGCCUUCUUGUCUGUGCAGUCCGACUUUUUACCUGAUUCCAUUCGAGCCAAGUUCACUGAACUGAUUAUAGGCUUGUUUGUGGAUGUUGGCAACAACUAUUCUGUUCUGGACAAUCCAAACAUCUGCUUCGUAUACUUGUUGAUAG